AUGCCGCAAUCAGUUGUAUUGAACUAUAUAGUUCUGAUUGUAACACAGCUGACGUGGGCAUGGGAUUUCCUUCUUUACCAGUCCUUUUUUCAGCCUUAUGGGAUCGUAUUACCUGAAUAUAUUGAUGAUCUUGACGUAAAGCGCUAUGAAAACAGUGCGGAAAAUGAGAAUACAGUAGAAUGUGCUGUGUGUUUAUGUAGGAUUGAUGAUGGAGAUGAAAUUAGGGAACUGAGUUGCAAUCAUCUUUUCCAUAGAGCUUGCUUAGAUAGGUGGCUGGGAUAUGGGCACGUGACGUGUCCUCUAUGCCGGAAUAAUGUAAAGCCGCCACCUCAACUGGCGGCAGACAGCCACCAGGAGGCUAUAUUAAUCAACUUCUACGCCACCAGAUCAAUGGAUCAUUGUACAUGGUGGCUACGUUGA